CUAGAUGGAACGGAACUCAACACUGAUUCGCUGCUGGGGUUUUUAAUGGGUAACCAUCCCAUAUUCCCUAUUGGCUUCUAUCAGAUUGGGAUGUUUUGGACUGGAGGAGACUGAAUUAGUUCAGCUAAACACUUGCUGAGCUGUAUUCCACUGGACUGUGUUGAGUUUGCAUGCAGGCCUGGGGAGGCAGAGCUGGAAUAGACGGAAUUCCCUUUUUUUUGUUGCAUCCCGCCCUCCUUCUUCAAUCCUCCCCUCAUGUUCUCUCUAGCACUUCCACAGCACACAUCCAGUGUUGCAGAGCAGGCAAAGGCAGCCAUCCUCAGUGCUUCUGUUCAUCUGCUGGCUCCUUAAACGACGGAGAAGAAGAAAGGGAAUACGGAUUUGUCUUCUCUUUUAUAUUCCCUGCAUUUCUACCGAAGGAUCUGCUGGUGUGAGGAAUUACCAUCAGAUCUUUUUUCAGUUUAUCAUCCAGAGGAUUUUUGGAUGUGUCUUUUUUUCCUAUUUUAUCAUUUUUCCUACAUUUUGAGGAAAUUGUUGGACAGGAGAAGCAUUUAUUAGCGCCUGCAUUUCUUUAUUUCUCGUAUAUCUUGGCUGCCUUUACUGUCCAUUCCUCUGGCUGGUGCUGCUGGUGCUGGUGGUGCUGGUGGUGCUGGUGGUGGUGAAGCCGGGGCAGGCAUGGCCCAGGAGGCAGGCAUGGGGGUGACCCUCCAGGACACCCUGGCAGUGCCCCCCAUGCCCAAGCACUCCGGCCUGAAUGAAGACCUGGUGAAAAUUCUGCGGGAAAACCUGCUGCAGCCGGAGAGGCCAAGAGGACAACGGCGAUCACCGUCUUCCAUCUCCCCCCGCCUCUCCCCCCGCAACUCGCCACGACUGCUUCGCCGCAUGCUGCUCAACAACAACACCCACAAACAGAGGCGCUUCACUGUCGCACACACAUGCUUCGAUGUGGACAAUGGCACAUCAUCAGGUCGCAGCCCCCUGGACCCCAUGGCCAGCCCGGGCUCAGGCCUCAUCCUGCAGGCCAAUUUUGUCCACAGCCAACGGAGAGAGUCGUUCCUCUACCGCUCCGACAGUGACUACGACCUCUCGCCCAAGUCUAUGUCCCGAAACUCCUCCAUUGCCAGUGACAUUCAUGGUGACGAUAUGAUUGUAACGCCAUUUGCACAGGUUCUGGCAAGCUUGAGAACAGUACGAAACAACUUUGGUGCAUUAACUAAUCUAUCACAAGACAGAGCGGCCAAUAAGAGAUCACCCAUGUGUAACCAACCCCCCAUCACCAAGACCACCUUCACGGAGGAGGCCUACCAGAAACUGGCCACUGAGACCCUGGAGGAGCUGGACUGGUGUCUGGACCAGCUGGAGACGCUGCAGACAAGACACUCCGUCAGCGAGAUGGCUUCCAACAAGUUCAAGAGGAUGUUGAACAGGGAGCUGACUCACCUGUCAGAGAUGAGCCGCUCUGGGAACCAGGUGUCUGAGUUCAUCUCCAGCACCUUCCUCGACAAGCAACAUGAAGUGGAGAUGCCUAUCCCUCAGACGCAGAAGGAGAAGGAGAAGAAGAACAAGCCCAUGUCUCAGAUCAGUGGGGUGAAAAAGCUGCAACACUCCUCCAGCCUCACAAACUCUAAUAUCGCUCGCUUUGGAGUCAAAACGGAAACUGAGGAUGAACUUGCUACGGAGCUGGAGCAUGUGAAUAAAUGGGGCCUUAAUGUUUUUAAAGUCUCAGAGUUCUCUGGGAAUCGGCCACUGACUGUCAUGAUGUACACAAUAUUCCAGGAGAGGGACUUGUUAAAAACAUUUAAAAUUCCUCUUGACACCUUUAUAACAUACCUGAUGACCUUAGAAGACCAUUAUCAUGGUGAUGUGGCCUACCAUAACAACAUGCAUGCUGCUGACGUCACCCAGUCAACUCACGUGCUGCUAUCCACCCCUGCCCUCGAGGCUGUAUUCACAGACCUUGAGAUCCUAGCUGCCAUCUUUGCCAGUGCAAUUCACGACGUGGACCAUCCUGGUGUCUCCAACCAGUUCCUCAUCAACACCAAUUCGGAGUUGGCGCUGAUGUACAAUGACUCGUCGGUGUUGGAAAACCACCAUCUAGCAGUCGGUUUCAAACUUCUACAAGAGGAGAACUGUGACAUCUUCCAAAACUUGACCAAAAAACAAAGACAAUCUCUGCGAAAGAUGGUCAUUGACAUUGUGCUAGCAACAGACAUGUCAAAGCACAUGAAUCUACUGGCUGAUCUGAAAACUAUGGUUGAAACCAAGAAGGUGACCAGCUCUGGUGUCCUGCUGCUGGACAACUACUCAGACAGGAUACAGGUUCUGCAGAACAUGGUGCACUGUGCAGAUCUGAGUAACCCCACUAAGCCUCUCCAGCUGUACCGGCAGUGGACGGACCGCAUCAUGGAGGAGUUCUUCACCCAGGGGGACCGAGAGAGGGAGAGGGGCAUGGAGAUCAGCCCCAUGUGUGACAAACACAACGCCUCAGUAGAAAAGAGCCAGGUGGGUUUUAUAGACUAUAUCGUCCACCCUCUGUGGGAGACGUGGGCGGACCUGGUGCACCCAGACGCUCAGGACAUCCUGGACACGCUGGAGGACAACAGGGAGUGGUAUUCAAGCACCAUCCCCGCAAGCCCCUCCCCCACCCUGGACGAUCCCGAGGAUGGAACGAGACCUCCAGGAGGGGACAAGUUCCAGUUUGAGCUCACGCUGGAGGAGGACGGGGAGUCGGACACUGAGAAAGACAGCGGCAGCCAGCCGGAGGAGGAGGAGGAGGAGGAGGAGGAACUAGAAGAUGAGGAUGAUGAUGAGGAUGAGGAGGAGGAGGAUGAAGACGAGGAAAACAGCUGCACUGACUCUAAAACACUCUGUACGCAGGACUCUGAAUCUACAGAGGUUCCUUUGGACGAACCGUUGGGGGACGACGAGGAGGAGGAGGUAGUGGAAGAGGGGGAGACACCCUGCACACAAACCUGUGUGGUGGAGGAGGAGGUAGCAGAGGAGGGGGAGAAAGAGGAGCCCCCCCACACAUAGCAGUGUCUGGACAGCACCUGAUUAACUGUUCUUCUUAGUAAUGACAGAUGAUUAUUUAUAGAAUAUUUUUUGGGUUUCGUGGAGUUUGUGUUUUUUAUACAUCUUUGUGUAUGGUUCCAAAGCGUGCGCUGCUCUUCACCUUGGCCACUCCUCCUGUCCGCUUCGUUCAGACACCGGUACUUCUUCAAGUUAUUUUGCACUCAGGAAAACUCCUCUCCAUUCCCCUUUGUACUAAAGUGGUGUGUCCUUAUUUCUCUUUUCGGCCUCCCCUUUACAGGCUUAAGUUUAGAACAUGGACUAACAGCUCUCAGUCUGCUCAUAGCUGUUCACACGAUACAUAAUAUCACAUGUUCCUUCCCUCCGCUUCGGCUCAGCAUUGCCUGAAAGUUUAGCAGUAUUUCUGUGUUUUAUCAAGUGCCCAUACUUGUGGUUAUCAGUGUGUUCAAGGAGAAUCUCCCCCUCGGUUAGGUCACUCCCUCCCUCUGGGAAUUAGGAGGCAUUAUAUGCUGCCGUUCUGCUGAAAACCCGACGGGACAGAGAUGAAAGCUGCAGCACACGGGGAGCUUUUCGAGACACACGUUUCUGAUGUGGAAGUCUUCCUUGAAAACCUGACUGAUACAAAGCUCAAAUCUGAACAGCUGAGAUGCUGUCCUAGACCUCUUUAAUGUUUGUAUCGUACUGUAUGUAAGAUUCAGAUAUUUUCUAGAAUUUACUUUUGCAAUCCUAGGCUUUGUUUUGUUAGCAGAGAGGAUUAGAGGACCAAUGGGAAGACAUGUGUCACAGAUAUUCAGUGUUUUGAAGGGGUAUCUUCACCGCUGGAUUACAUUAGGAGUGUUUGCACUUGCUCCAAUAGCAUUUAAACUACUAUUACCAUGCCACUAUACCCAUAUUCGGUUAGUCCUGUGAGUGAAGCUUUGAAAUUAUUCAUUACAACUAUUCGUUUGGUGAGAGUUUUCACUGAGAAGGAGGCGGGACGUUACUGUAUGCUUUACUUGUAUUGAAAUUUGGAUGAAGCCUUUAUAUUUUAUUAUUGUUGCCUGCAGUUCUUUUGAACACAUCCUGAGACAAUGCAAUGCUUUGUAGUUGAUACAAAAAGCACCUUUUUUUUAGAAGCUUGAUUAGUGCUUGGAGUAUACAGAAAUACUGUAGUAAUGGUGAGUGAAAACUACUGGGGUGAUUUUAUACCAAUGUUAUGAAAGCUUUUACUCUCCUUUCUUUUAUUUUGCUCAUUAACAGUGAUGUACUUAUCACCAUCAGCUGCUUGUUUUCAGCUUCACUUCAUUUUCUAUUCGGCGGCAUGAAUUUAUUUUGCCAACACAAUUAACCCAGUUGCUGUCUUUGUUUUCGACAAGACAAUCAGCUCCGUUGCAUAGUCUUCAGAUAAGACUAUCCUCUACGUAGAUACUCUUGAUGCACUGAUAUAUUCAUAUAUCACCACUUUAAUAUUUGUAAUGUUUCAACUCGCCAAACCCCUCACUCAUGAAUAUUUAGGCUAGACCAGUGCUGUCUUACACCUCGUCCAAGACUUGCUUCUUUUUUUCAUGUUUUUUUUAUUUUUCACUUAACACCUGAUGCUAUUAUUUAUUGGUAUAUUUUGUAUUUAUUUUUUGCAAUAUAAAGGUGGUACAGUAAAUGUUUGACUGUAGCAUAGACCACAGUGCAGGCUUGGCUGUUACAAUACUCAAAUAUCCCUUUUAUUUCUCUGUGUACAUAAAAUAUAGAAAACCCACAAAUGUUAAAAAAAACUAAAAAACACUUGAAAUACUGCACACUGCUUUUUUUAACAAGUGUUCAUCAUUUCAAAAGUUGAUUUUAUCUUUCAUUUUGUGCCAAGUUUUUUUUUCCUCUUUUUUCAUCCUCACCCAAUGCCCUUACCUGUUAUAAAAUGUUCUGGUUUUAUCGCUGUUUACAAACAUAUAUUUAUUGUGCUGUAUAUAAUAUAUAAUUAUUAAUGUUAUUACUAUCAUAAUGCCGUUUGUUGUAAAUGGUCGAUUCUUAUCAUCCCUUUUGGUGAUGGUGUGGCUGUAUUACGUACCUCUUGUUGAGAGAAUGUUUAUAACAGAUGAGCUUUGGUGUAAAAAAAGAUCCACGGACAUGUUGCUUACCUGAGAAGUAGCUCAGUGAAGAGAGGGGGAAAGCCAAAUUGUUUUUUUAAAGAAACUGUUCCUUGGCCCAUGGGCUGUGCCUUAAAUUCAAAGCAUGUCAUUUACUUUAGCCUUUUUUUCUAUUUGAUUUCCUAGUUCUCUUUUGCUGCAUCAGUGGAUCUUUUGGCUUGGGUUGGCCUGACCUCCUGCUGUGAGUUUGAAAAUGUUGCUUUUUUUUCUCACAGCCAAACACAUAUUUAUCCAUCAAAAAUGUGUUCCUGGGUAAAAUGGUGCAGGAUUCAGGUCAAUCACAAGCCAUAGAUGUACUCCCUGAGUGAUGUGUGGCCUAAAGCCGGAUGUCCAAGAGUCGUAUUUGCUGUAGACCUGGUGUGAACAACUGGCACUUCCUUACGCCCUGACACUACACUCACUGUGACACACCCGCUGGGAUGUAAACGAUACAGGAGUGACUUUGUCCGUGCAGAGGUACUGCAGUGUCGUCUCCAUGCGUGUGGGAGUCUCACAGCUACAAACACUGAACGGGGUGCAACAGGAGUGUGUCCCGCUGCUCAACCACAGCCUACAAAGCACAGAGUCUUUGAGACACAUCUGCAUGUUCAGCCACUGCUGCAUUAAUUAUGGCUGAAACACUGACGGUGUGUUGCUUAUCUAUGCUCGGCCCACACUUUCACUCACAUGACUUGCAAUAUCCAAAACCACUGACAUCUUUAUGCCUGGACGGGAGAAGGGUUUAGUUUAUUUCUGUAGUGAGGGGUGGGCUUGGGGGGGUGGGCUCGGGUAGGGGUUUUGAGUGCAUCUUUGUCCAAAAACAGGGACUCUUAUUUUGACACACAUACUGUAGAUUCUAAACAGCCCUGGACCAAUGGAAACAGUGGGUUCUUUUAUCAUUAUGUGUUCUAUUUUUUAUGGUAUGAAAGGAAAACACAAACUGUAACUUAAAAAAAGGUCUUCAGGACAAUUAUUUUUUUGGGUUAUGUCUUUAGAAUGCCAACUUGUCUGGAAGUUUCACAGGACAAUUAAAAUGUUAUUUUAAUGGAUUCCUUGUUAAUUGCAGUCUAUUGGAUAGCACUGUAGAUCAUACAACUUUAUGUAAAAAACAAAUGAAAAUAAUGAAAAAAAGGUUUUUAUAUGCAAUGGAUUAAAUAAAAGCAUGGGUUGAUUCUGCCUACUCA